AUCUACUUGACAUUUUAUAUCCAUCAUUUUGUUUUCUCCUCUGAGACCCACCACCCACUAUUUUCUUCUCUGCUCCUCCUUCUUCUUGAGCUGUGGUGGUGGUGGUGGGGUGUAAGUAUUUUCUCUGCAUAACAAAAUGGGAGGUUCUUGCAAUGAACGCCUUGAUUUUGGCAAAAUGGGUUAUGGAUGCAAGCACUAUAGGAGAAGAUGUAAGAUUAGAGCCCCUUGCUGCAAUGAGGUCUUUGACUGCCGCCAUUGUCACAAUGAAGCCACGAGCAUGUUGUGUAUUAUUUUUGAUCGGCAUGAACUAGUUCGACAGGAUGUCACACAGGUCAUCUGCUCGGUUUGUGAUACAGAACAGCCAGUCGCUCGCCUUUGUACAAAUUGUGGUGUCAACAUGGGAGAAUAUUUUUGUGAAGUGUGCAAAUUCUAUGAUGAUGAUAUAGACAAAGGACAGUUCCAUUGUGAUGAUUGUGGAAUCUGCAGAGUUGGUGGUCGCGAGAACUUCUUUCAUUGCAAGAAGUGUGGUUCUUGUUAUUCAGUUAGUCUGCGUAAUAACCACUCGUGUGUGGAGAACUCCAUGCGGCAUCAUUGUCCCAUUUGUUAUGAGUUUCUCUUUGAUUCUCUGAAAGACACAAGUGUAAUGAAAUGUGGGCACACAAUGCACGCUGAGUGCUACCACGAGAUGAUAAAGCGUGACAAAUACUGCUGCCCUAUAUGUUCUAGAUCAAUUAUAGACAUGUCCAAGGCUUGGAAAAGAAUGGAUGAGGAGAUUGAAGAGACAAUCAUGCCUGAAGAUCUUAGAUAUAAGAAGGUUUGGAUUCUGUGUAACGACUGUAAUGACACAACUGAAGUAUUCUUCCACAUUAUCGGGCAGAAAUGCAGACACUGUCAGUCAUACAACACUCGUAUGAUUUCACCUCCUGUUCUUCCCCAAUAACAACUAUCUACUCCGGAAAAAAAUGAUUGUUUGAGCUGCGGAACCAAGUGCUGUGGUCUCAUCUUCCUUAUUACUAAUUGUUUUGUGCCAUUUCUGUAUUGAUUCGUCGCCAUUGCAUCAUAACUCAACUUCACUUGCAAGCAUUUGUGACAUGAUUCUUUCUCCAAAGAUGUGAGAGUAAAAGUAACUGAUUUGAUUCUGGACUAUGUAUACCAUGUACACAUAUAUAUAUUGCUAUAGCAUUUCAAGGGACUGCUUUUGAGCUUCAAA